AUGGCCACGCCUUCCGCGGACGAGGGCGCGGUCACCGGGGUGCUUAGCGACAAAGUCGCUAACGUCAUCGAUGACACCGGCCACGGUGAUCCACGCACGCCUACGCCCGAGGUCAACAAGAUUGAGGCAGAAAACGAUCAUCAAAUCACGUUGGCUCGUAUCGACAAUCUUCAGGUUGUCGUGGACUUGAUGGACGAUAUUCAGAAAAAGGAGAAGGAACACCAGGAAGCAAUCCUGGGCUAUGUUCAAAAAGAGAAGAAGCUGGAGACGGAAAAGGAAAUGGCACUGCGUGACAAUCAAAUUGCGUCAGGCCUACAGCACAACAGCCUUGAGGAAUCCAAGACGCUCGCGAAAGGGGCCAAAGAAUUACGCUUGAAGUGCAGCAACCUGCAACACAGCAAGUUCCCGGCAUUCCGCUUGCUUUCGAGAUGCGGAUUUUGCUGGUGGAGGACAUUCCACAUCAAUCAACUCUCAGCCGAAGAUGGUGGUCCAACUAUGGGCCGUCUGACUUUGAGAAACCCCAACUUUUUCGGUCGCGAUUCGGUCGACGCCAUCCGCACUCCGAAGGAACAGUCCGAUGCAACCGCUGCAUCGCCGCCAUCACCCUCGGACCACACGCCGCUGCAGUACUUUGUUCCAAACUGCACCAGCCUCAUGUACACAAAAGAAUGGGCAUUUGCUGUUGUCAAAUAG